AUCUUCAUGCUUACAAAACAAAUUCUUUAAAAAUGUCUUCAACUGACAGAUAUUUAAUAAAGCCUUCCAUUACAUUACAUCCAAAGGGUUCUUUAAAAGAUCCAUUUAAUCAAUUACACUCUAAAAAUUUCAACCAAUUAUUUUCUUUUAUAAAAACUUGUCAGAACAAAGAAUUCUGGGAUGAAUUAAAUGUCUUGGAAAAACUUUAUUAUAAGAAUAAGAAUCAACAUAAACGUUCUGAAUAUUUUCAUAAAAUAGUUGAGGAAAUGGUAUCUUAUAUACUCAAUAGAUUAAUUGGUGGAACAUUGUUAAUGAAUAAG